CCCUUCAGGUUUCGUACUUCGGUUAGAUUGUGAGAGCAUGUAGAGAAAUUUUAUUUUGAAGAUUCUUGUGAAGAAGAAGGUGUGAAGAACAUUGUCUGAAGUGAGAUGUGGCAUUAGAUUUAUUGGAUGCGCUUGGAUUGUGAGGCACGAUGUUCUAUUGGCGAAGGCAUGGCUCUUAUGAACUGGAAACUCUGCCAUGUGCACAGAGCAAGUUUGGGGUGGAGAAGUACACCUGGACUUCCCUCAUGGACAUCACCCAGAAGGCUUGUGGUGAGAAACCUGCACAGGAAGAGAAACCCGGCAUCUUGUGUCAGCAUCCCAACUGUCCCGAACGGCGGCCUGCAUCCAAGGUUUGUCACCACCCGUCGUGUCAGGACCUUCGAGACGGCAGCCCAUUGCACCUCUGUGAGUCAUGUGACUCUAUCUGCCAUCCAGCCGCUCAUGACGGCAUGAUCUUUGACAGGCACCCGCGCUUUGAUCUGCAGCCACAAGGUUCCAUCCUGGCCCGGAACGUGUCCACUCGUUCCUGUCCGCCUCGCACCGGUCCCCCCUCUGACAUGGAGGACGGAGAGGAUGGAUGUUCAGACCUAGGGGAUCGCAGGAGUGGAGGAAUGAAACUGGUUAAAAAGAAGACCAGACGUCGACACACAGAUGACCCCAGCAAGGAGUGCUUCACUCUGAAGUUUGACUUAAAUUUUGAGGUCAGCAUGGAGAUCGUCCCAGCCGUAAAGAAGAAAACCUUGAGAGAAGUUCUGGGAGCUGUGUUUGAAAGAAAAGGCAUCGAGCUGUCACGUGUCAACCUGUUCCUGGAUCAGUCCAAUACACCGCUUUCACUGGGAUUCGAAGCCUACCGCUUUGGUGGCCACUACCUCAGAGUACGAGCCCGACCAGGAGAGGAGCUGAGGGUAGAGAGGUGUGUGAAAGACCCUCGUUCUCUCAGUCUGCCCAUCAUGAGGUCCACCAGCAGCACACACAGUUCCUCUACUGACCGAGCGGAGCAUGGCUCUCUGGGACGCCGAGAGGCAGCAGACCUAUUAGUCGGCCUGGUAGGUCAUGCUGCCUGCAUACAGAAGAAUGGGGGUCAAACGCGUCGGCGAAAGAACAUGCCGGAGUUUCUGGGUGACUCCAGUGUCCCAAACCAAGACUCUCUGUCCCAGCUUAGUGGAUCUCUUCCAGGAUCUAUAACAGGUCCCGACCGAUGGAGAAACCGCGCCGCCAGCCGAUUCAGCGGCCUCUUCAGCUCCAACUCAGGAAACGGCUCUCUAGGCAAGGAGUGUGAUCGUGUAGAGCAGCUGCAGAGUAAGUUAUACUCAUACACCAUGUUCGGAUUACCCAAGAUGCCUCCGCAGCUCUCGUUCCACAGAGACUCUUGGGAAGAGGAGCCCAAUCUGGAGCUUGAGGAGAGCUGGAAGCAGCUUUUGGAGAAUCCUGAGAUUUUAACCAGACGUCAAUGCCAUCAGCAAGAAGCCAUAUGGGAACUGCUGCAGACUGAAUCAGACUACAUCAAGAAGCUGCAUGUUAUAACUGAUCUGUUUCUGUGUGGCCUGCUGAACCUGCAGGAGAGCGGUUUACUGACUGAAGUCGAACCCACACGUCUCUUCAGUAACAUUCAGGACAUUGUGCAACUGCAUUCAUCCCUGUGGACUGAGGUCAUGCUGCCGGCGCUGGAGAAAGCCAGACAGAAGAGAACUGUGCUCAACCCCACUGAACUACAUCAGGGCUUCAGUACGUUUGGUUUCAGAUUCAAGCCUUACAUCCGUUAUUGCAUGGAAGAGGAGGGUUGUAUGGAGUACAUGCGCACUUUACUGAAAGACAACGAGCUCUUCAGAAUAUAUGUUACUUGGGCAGAAACUCAUAAACAGUGCAACCGGCUGAAGCUGACAGACAUGUUGGUGAAGCCUCAUCAAAGACUCACUAAAUACCCGCUGCUGCUCAAGAGUGUGCUGAAAAAGACUGACGACUCGCCAACUCGAGAGGCCAUUAACAAAAUGGUGGCUGCGGUGGAAUGCUUCAUUAACAGUGUGGACUCGCAGAUGAGGCACAGGGAGGAAAAACAGAAGCUGGCUGCCAUCGCUGGCCGUAUCGAGGCGUAUGAGGCUGUGGAGGGGGCCACUGAAGAAGUAGAGAGGAUCCUCAAGGAAUAUAAUAACUUUGACCUGACGUCUCCGGUGAUGGGUGCACCUCCUGAAGAGACGCGGCAGCUGCUUCUAGAGGGAGCUCUGAAGAUGAAGGAGGGCAAAGAGAGCAGGAUGGAUGUGUACUGUUUCCUGUUCACUGACGUUCUGUUGAUCACCAAGCCAGUGAAGCGUGUGGAGAAAGUGAAGGUGAUCCGGCAGCCUCUCGUCAUCCAUAACGUUGUGUGCCGGGAACUGAAAGACCCAGGAAGCUUCCUCCUUAUCUACCUCAAUGAGUUUGGCUGUGCCGUGGCCUCGUACUGCUUUCAGGCCAACAGUGGCACUCAGGGUCGCAGCUGGAUUGAGGCCAUCUACAACGCACAGAAUCAGCUUCAGAGACUUCGCUCAGAGACGCAGAGAGAUGAGAGCGAUGACAGAGAUGAAGAUGAGACUGAGAGCAGCAUGUCCACCUCCAGCUCUCCAUCCAUACACCACAGAGAGACACUAAGCAAGAGCCUCUCACUUUCACCGAGUCACUCUGACGGCUCCACUGAAACCCUUUCUGUUGCUGCCAUGGAUGAAGUAGAUGAAGUGGUCGGCUCAACUGUUCAAACGGCAUCCAUGAGAAACUCCCUGCUGUCUGAUGACUCCUUCUCCACCAGCGACAGCAAAACUCUACAAGCUCUGGGGGAUUUAAUUGCUACAGAUUUAGAUCCAGAAAGUCGCUCUCUCUCAAUAGACAGUGCGUAUGGGACUCUCUCACCGCAGUCUCUGAUCACAGAGCUCGACCUAAAGGGAGGCAUCUGCCAGAGUGAGGGAGAAGAAACCGAUGCUGGAGAAGAAGAAGAAGCUUUCGAGGAUGAUGAUGAUGAUGAUGAUGAUGGGGAUGAUUCAAUAACCUGGAACGGCUCUCAGAUUACUGUAAACGAGACUUACGUUUUAGAUGCAAACAGUGAGGAGCUCAACCGGAGGAAUGAUUUUUCUGGGAUGACUCAGGUUGCUGGCGGCUGUCGUUCGCAAACUCUGCGGCGCCGUUCUCCGGUUCAACCCCGUCCAGACUACCUGCAGCACUUUACUCUCAGGUCCCGUUCAGAAGAUGACCUCCUUCAAUGCCUGACCGGCCCUCUUCUUCUUCGCCCCACUGGGAAAAACAACGUCAGUAAGAGUUUGACGCAUCUCGCCAAACAAACGCCUCACAGCGACGAGGUUUUCCAAACGGAUGAGGAUGAGCUUCAUGAGGAUUCCAAAACACUGUCCAGCAAACUGAGCAACACUCUUCGAAGAGCAGAGGCCAGGCAGGUGCAGAGGACUCUCAGCUGCCCCAAUGGACAGGCAGAUUGUGAGGGUUCUGAUGCUGAGACGAUGCCCCCUGGUGGACUGGAGGAAAAGCAGGAUUUGGUGGUGGUCCAGCAGACCCAUCAGCAGCAUAAGAAACUGACGGUGGCGCAGCUGCACAAGAUACGAGCCACCAUGGUGCUCAAUUCAACACUGACUGCCUCGGAAGUUUAGUGUUUGAAUGAAUGGAGCGGAUGCCAUUAGCUGGUCUAUUGGUGCAACUCAACCCAGGUCUUUGGUCCAAGACUUUCUUCAUGAAGACGUUCAACUCAGUGACUCUAACAUAUAAACAGGGAGAACAUGGAGGAACUCUGUCAAAAGCCAUGAACAUUAAUCACUAAUUUAAUUUUGGCUAUAUAAAGCUGAAGGGUCAUAUUGUACUUUACAGAGACGUACAUUUUGUAUAAUGCCUGUCUGACAAUGAAUAAAUAAGACUCGAGUCAAUCAGUUUUUAUUUAACGAUGCACCAGUCAGGGCUUUUGCAGAACUAAAGGGACAGAAAAAAAUAAGUAUAAGAAUAUAAACUCUAAAAGCACUCUGAAUUGUCAUUUCAUUUGUCCUAAGGGCUUUUUUAUUUCAAUGCUAGAUGAUGUAGCUUCUCAAACACCUGAAAUAGCUUGACUCUUUUAGGUUGUAGAAACAUACUGAAUCACAUUUGUGAUUUACUUUUUUUAUUUUAAGAACAACUGUGGACUACUUUUGCUUGAAACGCCACAAUAAUCUACUUGCAUGCAUUUUGUUGUUGUAUUUUUUCAGUGUUCUGUAAAUAUGAUAUUUAUUGAACCUGCUUUGUUUUAUAGAAAAUAUCCUAUUUGUCGAUGCCUUUUGAUUGUUAUAUGUCUCUUUUUGCUAUUUGAAUGGUUGGCACUGUCUCUGAUUUUGUCUAUUGACAUCAAAAUAAGGGCUGAAUCCAAGUCUUACCCUUGCAUUUUAUUAGUUUACAUACAGUAUGUAGCGUCAAUAUUUACAGGUGAGAAAUUUGCACAGUGCUUCUAAACGAAAGAAAAGAAACGGAGAUAACACACAAACUUCAAAUAAAAUGCUUCAAAUACCAAAA